AUGGCCGAGAGGAGAGGAGCUUCUCAGGCCCCAACCUCUGGUCCGGCGUCGAAAAGGCCCAAAGGGGAUGUAAAGAAGAAGGUGGUGAAGCCUCCAGGAAAUGAAGAGGCCAUAAAACUGACCACCAGCUCUGGGGGGAGGGCUGAUCCGCAAGGGCGUGAUAAGGGGGGGUCCGACGGAGAAAAACCGGCGAUAAACCUCCAGCACUCGAAGGCAGCCUCUAGUGCCUUAUGCUGGAGAACAUCUAGAAGGCAUGUUGACAUAGGGCUGAUACAAGAGCCCUGGAUCAAUGGAGGCCAAGUAAGAGGCCUACCAAACAAAGUAUAUCAGUCGAUAUACUGCGAUAAGGCAGUAAGUCCAAGAGCCCUAAUAAUACUCAGAAGGGGACUAACCUGUCUUCCACUUACAGAGUUCCUGACAAGGGAUCUUGCUGCGGCAUUGGUUGAGGUGCGAACUGAGAACAUCAAGAGGCAGCUUGUUAUCGCCUCAGGAUAUUUUCCAGGAGACGCCAUCAGCCCACCACCGGAGGAAGUACAACGCCUCAUCGAAUGGUGCCGCAUAGAGAAGAAACAACUUAUUCUGGGCUGCGAUGCGAACGCACACCACAAAGUAUGGGGCAGCACAGAUAUAAAUCAUAGAGGUGAGGAUUUACUUGACUUUCUAUUUUCUACUAACAUAGAGAUAGUAAAUGUGGGUAAUAGUCCAACCUUCAUGAAUGCGAUCAGAAGGGAAGUAAUUGACCUUACACUGGCGACACCUUUUAUUGCGGGGAUGGUCAAGAACUGGAGGGUCUCAGAAGAGCCAUCCAUGUCAGACCAUAUGGCAAUAGAAUUCAACGUUGAAGCAACUGCUUCAGCUGAUGUUGAGUGCAGGAUACCCAGGAAGACAGACUGGGAACUUUACAUAGAUAUUAUUUCUAUCGAAAAGUUGUUGUAUUUGCAUCGCAAUUUUUUUUUCAAACAUGUCACAUGGCCUUAA